CACAAACACACUUACCCUAUAGCUAAGCGUCCAUUGCCGAUUAAGGCCGCGACGAGGAUGAAGGAGGCCAAGACGGCGAUUGCUGCGAAGACGGCGAAGUGAACUGCGUCCUGCGAGGAAGACGUGAACCGCGCCGCCUACGUCGUCCGCCAGACCGCCACUCCACCCACCGGUGACCUGCCGACCUGCGUCCGCCCCUGCCAGUCUGCGGCUCUGCGCUUCCCUCCAGCCUCCAGCCUCCAGCCGCUCCAGACCUAUAAAUGUACGAAGUGAUGAGCAAUGGCAGAAGUGUUGUGAGAGACUCAAUUCUACGAAGUUCAAGGAAAUUUCUUCAAAAAACCUACAAAAUAUAGAAGCAAGUGAUGAUAAAAGUGGGCAUGGGAGAAAAUCAUAUGCCCAAUACAUGCACGAAAAAGAUGAUCCAGAAACUGGUGAGCAGUACUCAGCUUUUGAAAAUUGGAAAGAUCAAUGUUUGACUCGAAGUGGCGAAUGGAGAACAAAAGAAGCACAUGAAAAAUAUACUCAAAUGAGCGAAGAGUGCCAAACACAGCUAGGACAAACAGGGUCAUCAUCUUCAAUAAAUGAGAUUGAUAUUAUGCACCGGAACUUGAGAAGAUAUCGCGGACGCCAAAGCGGAGUGGGUCCUACCCUAUCAAAGGGUGCAUCUCGACGAGUGGAAGAUGGCGCUACUUCAACAUUCCAAGAACACCGGGAUGUUCAAAUAAGUGAAUUGAAGGCAAAUCAAGAGUUGAUGCAAGCAAAUCAGGAGUUGAUGCUUCGUGCCCUACAACAAUUUAUUCCUGGCUUUCAACUUCCUUCACGCAGCUCCGCAAAUGAUGUUCCUUCGACAUCAAGUGCUAACCAACCUGAUCAGAGUCUCGAUGAAGAUGAUCAUGAUUGAUAAUAUCGAGUUGAAUAUGCUUUUUACUUGGUUAAGAUGAACAUGAAUUUAUUUAUGUAAACAUUUUGUGAUGUUUGUAAUGAUUAUAUGAAACUUCGUUGUAGGAUAACUCACUUUUACUAUGAAUAUUGAAUGAAGUUAUGUGUUGUUGACAUUGGUUGUGU